AUGUGUGUCUGCUGUGGUGAAGAUACUGAAACUAUCGUGCACAUGUUAUUCUUUUGCCCAACAGCUAAAGUGGUAUGGAAACUUGCUCCAGUGAAGUGGGACGGGAUAGCUGAAAUGCAAGGCAACUUUGGGAACUGGUGGGAUGCUGUGAUGCAAUCAGCAAAGGAGACAAAUGGCCUCAACAGAAUCCAGCUCACGGUUAACAUCUUAUGGCAAGUGUGGAAGGCUAGAAACAAAAUGACUUUCCAAGCUGAGAGGGGAAAUGCAAAACUGAUUGUUGAUAAAGCACAGAGUGAAUGGCUUGAGUAUGAAGCUAACAAUGAAACCAAUGGAAGGCCAGAUAUAACAGCAGAGGAGAAGGGAAAUUCACAGCAGAAAUAG